UCAAGGGAUCUCGGGCAGCAGGGUGACUGACCUUUUAACACCCUCCUCGCACUAUACCGCAUUGGGAGUUUCUCUUAGCAAAUCUGACGUAAAUCCUGGGGCACGACCGGCACCAAGCGCCUGGCCGUUGGCUGCUCCUGCAAUGUCUUUGUCACGGGUUCCUCUUCAUGGGAACCGCUGCCUGUGUUUCGGUUGCUUCUCGCUGUUCUCUGCCGCGGUCGUGCCACCAAGCCGGAUGAUGGCAACAUCGAUGGGGUUCUCUCGGGAUCUAAACGAAGCCCCGGCCAACCUCUCUCUUAAGGAUGAGAGUUUCUUCUUCUGGACUCGAUUCCCAGGUCAUUUCGCGGCGGACUUGGGCCCGGAACCUGGAGUCGCUCAACAUUCUCUUUGCUUGCAGACGGCACUCUCGAUGGACGGACACGGCCUGUGCUCAUCUUUGCUGCCUUGACAUUUGCAAAUAAAUCGGAUUCGACGUUGCAUGAUCCAUUCCUAAUGCCCUGAGCCCACCAAGAGACUUCGCUCU